UCCCCUUAACUAGCAAGCCGCAGUGAUACGCAUGCGCGCUCUCGGUGGUUUGUUGCGGCGGGCUGGGUCUAGUUAAGAGUCUGGGGCAUUGUGGAGCUGGGCCUCGAAAGGUUUAAUGCUUCUUCUCUCCCCUCCGGGCUUCGUCGUGCAGGAGGCUCCGGGCGGUGACAGAGGAGUGGACUACUUUGAUCAAAGGAUGAAAAGUACUUGUGCGAGUCCAAGAGCGGCAUCUCGGAGAGUUUACAUUACAACGAUAAAGCACUGCUGAUGAGAGAAGAUGCAUGAUGUUUAAAAUUACUAGCCAUCGCUGGAAAUGUUGUCCGCAACUCUGUAGGAGAGCAAUAUAAUAGAUUGGGGUGUGCAGUUAUAGGGCAGCAAGUCCAUAAUGUUGUUCUCCCUCAUUGGCCUGGAUUUAGUAACAUUAAUAUUCUAACAAAUUCUGGAUGCAUGAUACGUGUGUACAACUACUCCAAAGGAUGGAACAAACUAAAAGUGACUUACAGACGGUUUGGAGGGAGAUGGAAGAUGAAAGAGUGGACUUUAUAUUUGAGCAGAUGCAAAACCUGUUGCUGUCUCUGAAACAAAAGAUCAAAGAUGGAAGUGCAACAAGCAAAGAGUGCUUCCAAGCUUGCAUGCUGUUGAAAGAGGCUAAUCUAAGCAAUCUUUUCACAUCAACAAAUGUAAACGAUGUGACUGAUGAAGAUACCAUGCAGAAAAGCGAAUCUAGAUUACAGCCUUCUGAAUCAAAUGGAAAUAGAACAGAUACAGAAGACAAUUCUCUCUUCCCUAAGACUGAGGCACAGAAAGUGGAGAGGAGCAUGAAGACCCACCUACCUUUUUGUGCAGGGUUGAGUAGAAUUGUGAACAUGGAAGAGAAGGAAAAGUCAUGUUCAGAGAAUGAAGAGGCAGCUAAUGAAAUCAUGGAGUUACCUUUAACAUUGCCUUAUCAGAAUCACAAUUGCUCUAAUGCAUGUCUUGCCAACAGACCACUGAACUCCUACAAGAGUGAAAACCCCCUUAAGAUACCAAUCCUGUGUCAGUUCCAAAGACGACAUGCAAAAGCAGACUGUCUUUCCAAGUCACAUGAUGUGAAUUAUAAAGCCCCCUGUGGGAAGAGUCUGAGAAAUUUUGAAGAGGUGCAGAAUUACCUGCUUGAAACAGAGUGUGACUUCUUAUCUGUUGAUCACUUUUCCUUCAACACAUAUGUACAGCUGGGCAGGAACACUGUAAACCAAGAACCACUUGUAUUUGAUUUUGAUAUCAGCAGUGGAGCUGAGGUGGUGCCCAUUUCCUUCUGCAAUGACAUUGACCGUACAAGAUUACCUUUCUUUAAAUACAGAAAGGCAUCAUGGCCACGUGGAUACUAUCUGAACAACUUUUCCAGCACGUUUGUUGAUUCAUGCGACUGUACAAAUGGCUGCAAAAAUAGGUUAAAAUGUGCAUGCCUACAGCUGACUGCAAGAGGCUUUAGUGAAAGUUCCAUGUCGCCAAAUAAAGUACUUUGUGGAUAUAAGCAUAAAAGACUGGAGAUGCCCAUUACUAGUGGAAUUUACGAAUGUAACGUAUCAUGCAGGUGUAACCGAAUGUUGUGUCAGAACAGAGUAGUACAGCAUGGCAUCCAGGUUCGGUUACAAGUGUUUAACACAGAAAAGAAAGGCUGGGGAGUCCGCUGCCUUGAUGAUAUUGACAAAGGAACAUUUGUUUGCACUUACUCAGGCAGGCUGAUGAGCAGAGCUGAAUCUCAGGAAACAGGUGAUGUUAAUCAUGAGGAUAAUGAACAAGAUGCCGAGAGUGGCAGAAGUCACAGCUCACUUCCAAAAAAAAGAAGAGGGGAUGCUGCUUGUUCAGAUUCUGAGAUUGAGCUUGUGCAGACUGGUAAAGGUGCUCUUCAUGUGGAGUAUGAACCUUUGACUCAACCUUUAGAUGCUGAAAACAAACCACCUGAACUUCAGAAUAAUGGAUGUAAUCCAAAUAAUUUGAUCAACUCUGGUGUUAGAAGACCUAAAGCCAGAAUAGAUUUUCUCCACAAUCACCAGCCAGAACUGGGAGUUGAUACACUGGCACAUGAUGCCACCUCGGAUGAAGAUAGCUCUUUAUCCCAGCAGUCAACCAAAUUGAAACCAACCACUGGAACCAGGAGAAGAAAAGGAAAACUAAACCUGCGACAGGAGCUAGAGGAUCUGGAGGAGACCAUGCAGGUUGAAUCUGUUGUCAGCCUUGGUGCAAAGUGCAAAGAGGGGACAUCUCCACAGGAUCUUGCACAUGGUAAAUUGGUCACACAAGGUGAUGCUUAUGCUGUGAAAAAGGACAGGGCUCUAUUCCAAAAGAGUGAGUUCAAAGAAGAAAACUGUAAGAGCUCCAAACAAGAUCCUUUUUGUCAUGAGACGCUUCUGAAGAAUUCUGAUCAAGAAAACAUUUAUUUGUUGGAUGCCACAAAAGAAGGAAAUGUGGGUCGAUUUCUUAAUCUCACUGAAGCGUUCCCUGUUAAGCCUAAGCCAAAUUGGUCUUCUGCAGUAUUUGCUAGUCUUCCAGAACAUCAAGAUGGUUCAUCCCUGUGCCUUCAUGAGGCGACUCCCUCAGCACCGUGUUACACCAGGCAUGUGUCUGAGGGCUUUUAUUUUCUCUCAAGUACAAGAGAAGCCAAAGCAAGGUCUUGCACACCACACGAUCUUCUCCACCAAGCAACUGCACGCAGCAGAGGAUACACCCAGCCGCUGCCUAGCAGGGCCCUCAGGGUGCGCCCGUGUCUGGAGGUGGACGCGGGCCCGAACCGCACGGCCCAGCCCAGCAGCAGCCGCGCCCCGCCCUCGGCCCCUCCCCCGCGAGGGGGGGAGCGGCAGCUUCCUGAUCCCUCUCCGGUCAGAGGAAACGGCACAACCUGCCUGGCCCGGGCGCCAAAGGCAGCGGGGCCUGGCAGCAGGCGUGGCCACGAGGCAGGGCCCUCGGCUUCAUUGGCGCCUACGGAGCAUGCCCAGAUGGCUGGCGCAUGCGUGGCGCAUGCGAAUGAGCUCCGCCCCCACUUGGGCACGCCCACUUCCGUGUCCCCGCGCCCCUUCCUCGCUGCUUGGGAGCGGCGGUUGGUAGUCCCGUGUCCUGUCUGCACGGAAGCGCGGGGAGCGAAUGGUUUCGUCCGCCCCGCAGUUACUUCCCAGAUAAUGGCGAAGAUGGUAAGAAGAAGGUGUGCAUUUUGUCCCGAGGGUGAGGAAUGUUCUAUAAUGUACAUCUCGGAGGAGCAAAACCUUGCAGUUCAUCAAGACUGUUUGCUAUAUUCCUCAGGAUUUGUGGAAUCUGAAGAGUACAACCCAGAUAAUCUUGAUAUAAGGUUUGAUGUAGCUUCAGUGUUGAAUGAAAUCAAGAGAGGAAAGCGGCUGAUGUGCAACUUCUGUCGCAAAAAAGGAGCUACUGUAGGCUGUGAGGAAAGAGCCUGUCGCCGAAGUUACCACUACUUUUGUGCACUGUGCGAUGAUGCAGCAAUAGAAACUGAUGAAGUAAAAGGAAUUUACCGGGUGUUCUGUCCAAAACAUGACCCAGGCAAUAGGAACAAUCACUAUGGAAAGGUCAGCUCCCAGACUACCGCACUGGACAGCACAGUUUGGGGAGGAGAUGCAGUCAGUAGGAGGAGAAGGCAGUCAAUGAUAUCUUCCACCAUCAGGGAAGCAAUGAGCACAGAGGAAACAGCAGAAGAGAAUAGUUUACGAGUUCUAAGGAACAAUAACAGACACAAAGUAAGAAUAGAUUUUCUUCGGAAGUGCAAGCAGGCCGGGCUUCUGGAUGAUAUAUUCGAAGCGAUGCUUGACACACUUCACCUUGCACAGGAAAAACUCAUGGAUGAUAACACUUCAGAAACAGAGUAUGAGGAAACUGUAACAUCACUUUUUGAAUGUGGCCUGUUUGAAAACAUACUUACAAAUGCUCAUUCAGGGACAGAGGAAAAGAUUCAGGAACUUCUUGAAACCCGGAAAAGGCUGGAUACUCAGAUUGAACUGCUGCAAGAGUUAAAAGAAGAAGUAGUUCUUCCUGUUCAGGAAAACAGAGCCAGUGCAUCUAGUUCAGUGUCUGAAUAGCCAUGAAGUCUUAUAGUAGUGGCUCCAAUCAAGACUUUGUUUUUUAGGUGACAGAAGUUACAGGGACCAUUUGGACAAUGACAGGGACACUAGCAAAAACUGGGUGAUUUACUUUAUUAUCAUUUUUUCUUUAAAUACCUCACUGUUGCAAUAACAUUUUAGUUGUCCCUUUAAUUUUUACUGUGGCUCAAUGAGUUACUUAGCUUUUUAAAAAAAGAAAGAAAGAAAGGUAAAACAACCCUUCCAUAAAAGAUUUUUUACUUGUAAAAGCUCUGGCCUGGAGCCCCGUAACAAUUAGCUGCUGUAGACCACUCUUUACAGUCAUUAUGGCAGCCUCCCUUCAGAUCACGUAUCACUGAUUUUUUUGCUGUCUGCUUAUAGGCAGCAAACAAUGAGAUUAAGUUGUUUUAAAGACUAUUUUGCUGCUUUGGCUUCCAAAGAGGGAAUAUUGGCAAAACUUGCACUUGAAGAAGCAUUUUGAAUCAUAAAUAGGAGUUUUUAUUAAAUGUUUUCCUCAAUUUACAGUGUUAAUGUUCAAGUCGUAGUUUAUAACUUGAGUGCUGAGAGAUUAUGUCAGUCAUUUGCAGACUGCCAAGGAUAGCUGGUUCUUACUCACUGACAGACAUGUACAGUUUAAGACUAUGUCAAAUAACAUGUUAUCAUCCUUUAUGAAUUCAGAACAUUUUUGGCUUCCAUGUGUUUAGUCUUAAACUUUCCUAUAUUAAAAUUGUUUGAUUACAGAAAAAGUCACUGUUUAGCUACAAAAUGGAAAAAACUUGACAAUAAAGUGUUUUUGUAAAA